UCUUAGUUACAGUUGGACAAUGGCGUAUCGUUGGAGCUGCUGCUGCCUGCUGGCGGUUCUUAUACUUGCCACAGCGCAAGCAGAUCAACAACAUGUGCGCAUGCUGCGUAGCACACGCAACCAUAAGCUGCGAAAUGAAGCCGAAAUGAAGAGCGAGUAUUGGCGCCAGGAUGCGCAGAGCAUGCUGGCGGCCAAGCUGGCUGCAUUGGACGCACUGAAGGCGAACUCGGCCAAGAAUGUGAUUAUGUUUCUGGGCGAUGGCAUGUCCAUACACACGGUAACAGCCACGCGCAAUUUGCUGGGCGACAGUCCGGAGAAAGUGUAUUUCGAAAAGUUUCCUUACACUGGACUCUCCAAGACGUACUGCGUCAAUAGGCAGGUGGCUGAUUCCGCCUGCACGGCGACUGCUUAUUUGGGCGGCGUUAAGGCCAACUACGGCACCAUUGGCAUCAAUGCGCAGGUGAAGCGCUACAGCUGCGAGGAUCAUACAGAGCAUAGAGUGGACAGCAUUGCCAAGUGGGCGCAGGAUGCAGGCAAGAGCGCAGGCUUUGUCACCAGCGCGCGUGUUACACACGCAUCGCCCGCUGGCGUCUAUGCGCACAUAGCUGAUCGCAACUGGGAGAAUGAUAUGGAGGUUGCUGCCGGCGGCUGUGAUCCCGAGCAGACGCUGGACAUAGCACGCCAGCUGGUGGAGUGGCCCACAGGUCAGCAGCUCAAGGUUAUACUAGGCGGCGGCCGACAGAACUUUCUCAAUAGCACCGUUAGAGAUGAAACUGGCUAUGCUGGCAAUCGCCAAGAUGGACGCAAUCUCAUCAAGCAGUGGCUGUCUGACAGGCAGUCAGAGAAUGUUACAGCCAAAUAUGUGUGGAGUCGCAAGGGCUUGACCGAGCUCAACUUGGAGCACACCGACUAUCUGCUCGGACUGUUUGCCAGCGAUCAUUUGCCCUACGAUGGCGAUCGUCAUCGCAGCACCAAGCACAGCGCUCAGGCGGAUCCUUCGCUCACAGAGCUCACCGAGGCGGCCAUACGCGUGCUGCAGCGCAAUGACAAGGGCUACUUUUUGUUUGUGGAAGGCGCACGCAUCGACAUGGCGCAUCAUUCGAACUAUGCGCAGCGCUCGCUGGAGGACACCGCCGAAUUUGCUAGAGCUGUGCAGCAAGCGCGUGAAAUGACUUCAGAGGAGGAUACGCUUAUUGUUGUCACCUCGGAUCACUCGCAUGUUAUGACCAUCAAUGGUUAUCCGCAUCGCGAUGAGUCCAUUACUGGCGUCAUUGAUUAUCUAGCCGAUGACCAGUUGCCCUGGAGCAUACUCUCCUAUGCCAAUGGCCCCGGCUAUGCUGGCACCUACAAAAAGUCGGAGGGCCGCGUGCGUCUCACCGAUACGGACGCCGCGUAUCCACUCUAUGUGCAUCCGGCUAUGGUGCCACUCAACGCGGAUACGCACGGCGGCGAUGAUGUUGCUGUGUUUGCCUCUGGGCCAUUCGCUCAGCACUUUAGCGGCAACUACGAGCAGACCAACAUACCCGCCAUGAUGGCCAGAGCUGCCGGCAUCGGACCCUACAACUAACAACUGACAUA